GUAUUGUAGGACAAGCGCGACGCGCUUAGAAGUUGAACUGCAACAUUAAUUAAAUCUAAAUUGUUAGUCAGCACGUAUUUAUUGACUCACUGUUUGUUAUUUGCGACGCUACCUCCUAACCUACAUUUGAUUCAAGUCUUAAUUAUACCAUGUACCUAGUUGUAAAGUACCGCCAUGUCAUCUCCCCCCGGCCAGGAGUCACGACCCCGACAAUGCGGUGUCUAUCAUCAACCCGAACCCGUCGUUGGAGUCUUAUUAUUACUCACUCGAGUCGAGGCUAGGGUAUACCUAUAUUGCAUUUAGGUGGUACGCGACACUUUGGGUAUUAGGAACAUGACACCUAUCAGCCUUUCGCCUUAUCUAUCUAGGUACCUAAAGGUCUACGCAACAUGGAAGACGAAAUGACCGAAAUCAUUACACUGCCCCCUGGCUCUCAGGUGCUCGAUGCCGGCUGUGGUGUCGGCCACGUAGCGUUGCGCAUGGCGAGGACUCAUGGACUACGCGUCGAUGCUAUUGAUGUCGUGGACCAUCACGUUGCCAAAGCCCAACGAAAUAUCGAGCGCUCGGGCCUACCAGAAGGCACAGUUAGAGUACGCAAGAUGGGUUAUCACAACUUAUAUGCAUUUGCCGCAGAUUCCUUCGAUGGUGUUUACACUAUGGAGAUCUUUGUAUAUGCUACCAACCCUAAGGCUGUCCUAGCCGGCUUUUACCGCAUUCUACGCCCUGGCGGCCGUCUUAUGCAGUUCGAAUACGACCACAACUCCCUCGAUAGCGCACCCCGUGAUGUCGUCGAUUCAACAAUGAAAGUAAACAAGUAUGCUACCAUGACCACCAACGCUAUAUCACACAUCGGGGUAUUCUGGCAGAUGCUACAAGAUGCAGGCUUCGAAUAUAUUAUUGUCCGUGAUUCUUCCGAUAAUAUUCGCCCUAUGACAGUGGUGUUUUUCCUCCUUGCUCUUAUUUCAUACUUCUUUACUUGCAUAUUAAAACUUAAACACUACUUCAUCAAUACAGUUGCAGGGGUAUAGUCUUAUAAAGAUCGUAAUCACCGGCAUUACGCAGCUAUUUCGGCCACAAACCCCGACGAUCCAACCGAAGGGUCAAAGUCCAAAUAACACCAUCGCUAUUCUUCAUUAGCACUCUGUUGGCUAAAUCUUUAUCUGACUACCCUAGAACAAAUUCAACUAUGAUCUUGCUAAAAGCGCCUCUUCCAAGUAGGCUAGCUUAGAUAUAGUCUAUAGCUUGGUAAGCUUCGCAACGUAUUCCUCUGCU